AUGACACCAUCAUCAAAUAUUCAUUCAAAAAUAGAAAAUGAUCUUAUUCUUGCUCUAUCAAAUCGUAUUCUUAUUAUUGAUGGAGCAAUGGGUACAAUGAUUCAACAAUAUAAAUUAGAUGAAUCUGAUUUUCGUUCUAAUGAAUAUCAAUUAAAUAAUCAUAAAUAUCCUCUUAAAGGAAAUAAUGAUUUAUUAUCAAUAACACAUCCUGAUAUUAUUUUAGAAAUACAUCAAAAAUAUUUAGAAGCUGGUGCUGAUAUUAUUGAAACAAAUACAUUUAAUGCUCAACGUAUAUCACAAGCUGAUUAUAAUUUAGAACAUUUAUCAUAUGAAUUAAAUUUAAAAUCAGCUCAAUUAGCAAGACAAGCAGCUGAUGAAUAUACGAAAAAAACUGGUAUUCAACGAUUUGUUGCUGGUGCUUUAGGUCCAACAAAUAAAACUUUAUCAAUAUCACCAUCAGUAGAUAAACCUGAUUUUCGAAAUAUAACUUUCGAUGCUAUUGUUGAAGCAUAUACUGAACAAGCACGUGGUUUAAUUGAUGGGAAUGUUGAUCUAUUAUUAAUUGAAACUAUAUUUGAUACAGCAAAUGCAAAAGCAGCUAUAUUUGCAUUAAAAACUUUAUUUGAAACAAAUAGUGAAUUAACUAGACCAAUUCUUAUUUCUGGUACGAUUGUUGAUUUGAGUGGUCGAACAUUGUCUGGUCAAACUGUUGAUGCUUUUGUAAUUAGUGUUUCACAUGCUGAUCCGAUUUGUCUUGGUUUAAAUUGUGCUUUGGGUCCAAAAGAAAUGCGACGAUUUAUAGAAGAAGUUUCUAAUAAUACAUGUGCAUAUACAAUCUGUUAUCCAAAUGCUGGUCUACCAAAUACAUUUGGUGAAUAUGAUGAAACACCUGAAUCCAUGGCUCAAGAUGUAGGUCAAUGGGCUCAUGAUGGAUUACUUAAUAUUGUUGGUGGAUGUUGUGGAUCAACACCUGAUCAUAUCAAAGCAAUUGCUGAAAGUGUUAAACGAUAUCCACCAAGAGUACCACCGAAAAAUGUACAUGCAGACGAAAUGCUUCUUUCAGGUCUUGAACCAUUUCGUAUUUCUCGUUAUACAAAUUUUGUUAAUAUUGGUGAACGAUGUAAUGUUGCUGGUAGUCGUCAAUUUCUUCGUUUAUUAAAAGAAAAUAAAUUCGAUGCUGCUCUACAAGUAGCUAAAGUACAAGUUGAAUCUGGUGCACAAAUACUUGAUUUAAAUAUGGAUGAAGGCAUGAUUGAUGGUCAAAUAGUAAUGGCAAAAUUUAUUAAUCUUCUUGGAUCAGAGCCUGAUAUAGCUCGUGUACCUUUAUGUAUUGAUUCAUCAAAUUUUUCUGUUAUUGAAGCUGGUCUUAAAUGUACACAAGGAAAAUGUAUUGUUAAUUCAAUAUCAUUAAAAGAAGGUGAACAAGAUUUUCUUGAUAAAGCAAAAAAAUGUAAAAAAUAUGGUGCUGCUGUUGUUGUUAUGGCAUUUGAUGAACAAGGACAAGCAACAGAUAUUGAACGAAAAUGGUCUAUAUGUAAAAGAAGUUAUGAUCUAUUAGUUAAUAUUGUAAAAUUUAAUCCAAAUGAUAUUAUAUUCGAUUCGAAUAUUUUAACAAUUGCAACAGGAAUGGAAGAACAUAAUGAUUAUGCAAUCAAUUUUAUUGAAGCAAUUAAACGUAUUAAAGCAUCUUGUCCAGGUUGUAAAACCUCUGGUGGUAUAUCAAAUAUAUCAUUUUCAUUUCGUGGUCAAGAUCGUAUACGUGAAGCAAUGCAUUCUGUAUUUUUAUAUCAUGCAAUAAAAGCUGGUCUUGAUAUGGGUAUUGUUAAUGCUGGUCAAAUACCAAUUUAUAAUGAUAUUGAUCCUCAUCUUCGAGAACUUUGUGAAACAUGUAUAUUUAAUAAACGAUCAACAGCAACUGAAGAAUUACUUGAUUAUGCUCAACAACUUAAAUUAAAUUCUGAUCAAAAUAAUGAUAAUAAAGAAAGAAAAGAAGAAGAAUUAUGGAGAAUAAAUACAACUGCUGAAGAACGUCUUCAAUAUUCAUUAGUUAAAGGUAUUGAUAAAUAUAUAAUUGAUGAUAUGGAAGAAGCAAGAAAAAAAUAUUCACGUCCAUUACAUGUUAUUGAAGGACCAUUAAUGAAUGGUAUGAGUGAAGUUGGUGAAUUAUUUGGUAGUGGUAAAAUGUUUUUACCACAAGUUAUUAAAUCAGCAAGAGUUAUGAAAAAAGCUGUUAAUCAUUUAAUACCAUUUAUGGAAGAAGAAAAACAAGAAAAUUUAAAAUUAUUACAACAACAAGGUAAUACAACAAUGACUGGAUUAGAUUCACAAUCAACUAUUGUUAUGGCUACUGUUAAAGGUGAUGUUCAUGAUAUUGGAAAGAAUAUUGUUGGUGUUGUACUUGGUUGUAAUAAUUAUCGUGUUAUUGAUUUAGGUGUUAUGACACCAUGUGAUAAAAUUCUUAAAAUAGCUAAAGAAGAAAAUGCAGAUUUUAUUGGUUUAUCUGGUUUAAUUACUCCAUCAUUAGAUGAAAUGAUUAUUGUUGCAAAAGAAAUGCAACGAUUAAAUUUUAAUAUUCCAUUAUUAAUUGGUGGUGCUACUACAUCUAAGUAAGAAUAUAUUACUG